ACGGUGCUGCACCAGGGCGACGCGCGGGAGCUGGAGCGCUUCCGGGCGCAGGGUGGCCUGGCGCAGACGAUGGUCCGCCUCGCCCGGCUGGACUUCAGGCUUGCGGCCAUCACGGGCAAUAGCCUCACGCAGCUGACCAUGCGGUUCCUCCGGGCGCUCGUGGAGGAGUUGUGCGAGCAGCGGGUCCUGCGGCUGCUGAGCCGGUUCCAUUUUUUCUGCACCGGCGCCGCAUUGUACGUCCACUUCGACCCGCAGCGGAGCGCGGACUCGAACGCUGGCGGGCCGCGGCUAUUGUGGGGGAGGGACGGAUCAGGAGUACAGAAGCCUCUUAGGAGCAGCUCUUGGUAG